AUGGACAUCGAGCAGGAGCACUACAACGACGAAGAGGAGGAAGAGGAGGAAGAGGAAGAAGACGAUGGAGAGUACACACAGGGGAGGAACAAGAAGACGAAGCGAGGCACGAGCACCGGCGGCGGCAGAGGCGCGCAGGAGAAGAAGAACAAGGCCGUGCCAGCGUCGGCACCGGCGCCCAGCCAGUCGGCGGUGGCACCGGUCAUCCCGCCGAUCAGGAUCAGCGCGCGGGUGAUGUCCAAGCUGGCGCGCGACCGCACGGCGUCGCAGCGCCUCGAGGAGGAGGACAUCGACGCGCAGGAGGCCGCGGAGCUGGCCGCGAUGAAGAAGGCGCGCAAGGGGCGCGCGCAGCAGCUCAAGCAACAGCUCCAGCAGCUCGAGCAGGAGCAGCUCAAGCAAAAGGAGAAGCGAUCAAAGGCCAAGGCGGCGGUGACAACGACCACGACCACCAGGCCAACGAAGACGUCGGCGCAGCGCGCGACGCCCGAGCGACCACGCAGCACGCGGGUGAGUGCGCAGACGGCGUCGCUUGCGAUGGCCGAGUGGGACGAGGCGCCGUUCGAGUUCGAGGACGACGAAGAGGCCAAGGUGCUGGUGCGGCAGCAGCCGUCGCCGCAGAAGAGGGCGUCCCCCGCUCGCAGCAGAGGCGCGCCACCGCAGCAGCAGCAGCGAAGAAAGAGCGGCGGCGACGCAGCGACGGCGACGGCCACGACGGUGACCACGCCAAAGAACGAACGCGGAAAACGAAAAGCGAAAGAGGUAGCGACGCCGGAGGCCGCAGCGACGCCGAAGAAGGCGACGACGCCCAAGAAUGCCGCCGGCAGCGGCGGCAAGAAGAGGAGGGGAAAGCGAAAGUCUAGGAACAGGGAGACCGACGACGAUGACGACGACGAAGACGAGGAGGACUUUGCGUUCGCGUUCGAGUCGGACGAAGACGAGAAGAAGACGCGCCGAGCUGCUGCGCGAACGAGUCGUGCCGCAGCGGCCAGUGGUAGGAAGCGGAAGGCGGAGGAGGUCCUGGAGAGUCCAACGCUGCUUGAGACCGACGCGGCGUCGACUCCCGCCGCCGGCAGCAAGCGACAGCGGACGCGGUCGGCCACGCUACGGGCGGGAGGCGGCGAGGAGACCGCGGCGGGUGUCACUUCUGAUGACACGCCCGUGGCUCCGAGCGCUGACGGGGUCCCCGCGGGUCCGCCGAGGCGAGUGACGCCGAAGAGGGAGACGAGGCUCACCCUGCACAAGGUGCUCACGCUCUUGCUCAACAAGUUCAUUCGGAAGGACUCGUAUGGGGUGUUCUACGACCCAGUGCCUGACGACGUGCCCGGGUAUCACGAGAUGAUCAAGCGCCCCAUGGCCUUCUCCGACAUGAAGGUCAAGCUCGACGAGGGCCAGUACCACACGGCCGCGCUCUUCCAGGCGGACGUGAAGCUCAUCUGCGACAACUGCGUCACCUUCAACCCCGAUGACAGCAUGUACUACGAAGAAGCGGAGAAGCUCAGGGAGUAUGCCAAGCAGCAGUACAAGACGUGGCUGCCCAAGAUCGAUCCGACCAGCAUCCCCUCCCCCGGCGCGGGCAAGAAGCCGCAAGACGCAGCAAAAGCCACCGCGGCCAAGGCCGAGCGGCCGAAGCGGGCCGGAACGAAGAAGUCGCAAAAGGAGGCCGACGAGGGAGAUGAAGAGAAGGCGCAGGAGGAGGAGAAGAAGAAGACAGCGAAGACGCCGACCAAGCGGAGAGGAGCGAAGGAGGUGGAGGAGGGCGGCACCGAAAAGGCGACGCCGCAGCAGCGAAAGAGGCGCGAACGGAAGAGCGCCACGAUGCCGGGAGAGGCGUCGGCCGACGCGGCGGCGACCACCCCCGCCCCGGUCAAGCCGCGAGAGCGGAAAACAACGGAGGCGGCGAAGAGGCGGGCCAGCUCGGCGACCCCGACGCCGAAGGUCGGGUUGGCAGCGGCCGGUAGCGCGACGCCCACCAGCGGCGCUGACGGCGGUCUCGCCCCGACGCCCAAGCGGAAGCCCGGCCGGCCCCGAGGCCCGCGGCGGAAAAGCGAGGGCGCGCCGGCGGGGACCACCGCGGCCCCGACGGCCGGCGCGGCGAGCGAUGGGCGAUCGUCGUCUGCCGGUCCAGCGAUCGCGUCGGCGCCGCACACCGGUGCCGCGAGCGCGUCGACGCCUCGGGCUGCUGCCCACCCAGCAGCGGCGCCGGCGGAGUCCGCUCCACCGGUGCCGAGCGGACCCAAGCCCGUGACUCACAGCGCGCGGUACCUGGCCUGGCUCGCCGCUCGGCAGCAGCAGCAGGCGCCGCUCGCCACGGGUCCGUCAACCACCGAACGAGCGGUCGGGCUCGGCGCCGACACCCAGACCGUGCUCGCCGGCCUGUCUCCCUCCGAUCGCGGCGUGCUCGGCCAAUACCUGCACUCGCUGUGCGAGGGCGCGAACGAAUGGCCGAACGCCCAGCUGUCGACCGACUCGCGGUCGGCGCCAGCCGUGGCUGCGGGCGCGCAGGGCGUGCUCGACGACAACGUGGAGCAGUUGAGCCGGUUGCUGAUGUCGCAGUACGAGGGCCUCUCCCUGGCCGACGUCAAUCGCGCGGCUUCGGUGUCGAGCAGUCUGACGGCGUUGGUGGCGCAGGUGCCGCCGCGCCAGCUGUCUCCCUCGUCCAAGGCCAUCACGCCCCUGCUGUCACUGGCGGCCACCGGGCGCGCCUUCAACCCGCUGGCCCCGCCCACCGCCAUCACCAGCGGAGCCUAUCACCACCAUCAGCCUCACCAUCAUUACGCCGGAGCCGCAUACCCGCACUUUGCCUACCACAGCUCGGCUUGA